CUGAGAGAACAGAGGCGACUCACUGUCCUGCUCUCACUCAAACAACUACAUUAACGGAGUGAACUACCGACACGGAAGCGGAGGCGCGCUGACACCGUGCGCUGUUUGCUCCCCGGGCGACGCGCAGUUUCACCGGAGUCUGCUGCCUGCCUGCCUGCGCUGUCUGCCUGCGAAAAGUGAUGCUGUCAUAGCCCCCCUGCGCCGCGGACAGAGAGCCUCUUUCCCCUCCCGCACCCCCCUGGUUCCUCUCUGGCUGACUGUCGCGGCGGCAGUGCGGAUGUGGAGCCCGCAACGCAACGCUCUUCACCCGUCGGCAAGCAUCGGAGAAGAAGAUGAAAUGUUUUUCCCGUUAUCUCCCGUACCUCUUCCGCCCUCCGAGCACCAUCCUGUCAUCCACUUGCCACACCGAAGCUGACAUUAUCUCAACGGUGGAGUUUAACUCAUCAGGGGAGCUGUUGGCCACCGGAGAUAAAGGAGGCAGAGUGGUUGUCUUCCAGAGGGAGCAGGAGAGUAAGAGCCAGCCCCAACGUCGAGGGGAGUACAAUGUUUACAGCACAUUCCAGAGCCACGAGCCGGAGUUUGACUACCUGAAGAGUUUGGAGAUUGAGGAGAAGAUCAACAAGAUCAAAUGGCUUCCUCAGCAGAAUGCCGCCUACUUCCUGCUCUCUACCAACGACAAGACAGUGAAGUUGUGGAAGAUCAGUGAGAGAGACAAGCGUCCGGAGGGCUACAACCUGAAGGAUGAGGAUGGACGGAUCAGAAACCCAUCGACCAUCACCUCGCUACGGGUGCCGGUGCUUCAGCCCAUGGACUUAAUGGUUGAGGCCACAGCCAGGCGUGUGUUCAGCAACGCCCACACCUACCACAUCAACUCCAUCUCUGUCAACUCCGACCUUCAGACGUUCAUCUCCACUGACGACCUCAGGGUGAACCUGUGGAACCUGGAGAUCACUGAUCGCAGCUUCAACAUUGUGGACAUCAAGCCAGCCAACAUGGAGGAGCUGACGGAGGUGAUCACCUCAGCAGAGUUUCAUCCCCAGCAGUGUCACACCUUUGCCUACAGCAGCAGCAAGGGCUCAAUACGCCUGUGUGACAUGAGACAGGCCGCGCUCUGCGACAAACACUGCAAAUACUUUGAGGAGCCAGAGGAUCCCUCCACUCGCUCUUUUUUCUCUGAAAUCAUCUCAUCCAUCUCUGACGUGAAGUUCAGCCACAGCGGGCGCUACCUGAUGACAAGGGACUACCUCACUGUAAAGGUGUGGGACCUUCAAAUGGAGAACAAACCACUAGAGACAUACCAGGUUCACGACUAUUUACGAGGCAAACUUUGUUCUCUGUAUGAGAAUGACUGCAUCUUUGACAAGUUUGAGUGUGUCUGGAAUGGAUCAGACAGCGUCAUAAUGACCGGCUCCUAUAACAAUUUCUUCCGAAUGUUCGACCGGAACACUAAACGUGACGUCACACUGGAAGCGUCCAGAGAGAACAGCAAACCCAGAGCCAUUCUCAAGCCUCGCAAGGUGUGUGUUGGUGGGAAGCGACGUAAGGAUGAGAUCAGCGUAGACAGCCUAGACUUCAGCAAGAAGAUCCUUCACACUACGUGGCACCCACAUGAGAACAUCAUCGCUGUAGCGGCCACCAACAACCUCUACAUCUUCCAAGACAAAGUCAACUAAAGGGCAUACCGCCCCUGCUGACCCCUGGCCCCCCCGCCACAUGAGGGGCUACAGGGAGAGGUAGGGUGGGAGAAAGAGAGAGAUGGAGCCCUUAUCUACGUCCUUCUUCUCCUCUUCCUAUGUCUUGUUGCUGCCGGUCUUGAAUUUCGCCGCUCUGCUGAGGAAGUGCAGAGUUGUGUAUCCAGUGGCUGAAUUGGGGAAGUGGACAGUGUGAAAUUUGGGAAGAGGGAACUUGAUACAACCUGGAUACAAAUUGAGGAAUAGGGUUCCUUGAAAUCAAGAAUGGACAUUCAAUCUCCAAUUUGACUUUUAAUUUAAUUUAUUUAGCCAUGCGGACACCUGAAGAAGUGAACCCUGUGCAUUUAUGCAACAACAGGAUUGCUGCAUGAAUGACAUGAUGUAGCAGCCCUCUGGACCCUGAAGAACGGGGCUGGAUGUGGGUACACUAAACAUAAAGUAGAGCACACAGACAGAAACUUAGCUUACAUGAUGGUGGCUCGUUGUCAUGUAGCAACAGUGCCCCCUCUCUUUCAAAUCUGCUCAUGCUACAGUGCAUGUGUUCAACCCUGCGGCCUCUAACUGGGGCAAAGUUCUGGACAGUGCAACCUGCUGCAGAAUUCCUACAAAAGAGGAAGAGACUGUUAAUCUCUGACUCCAGAAACUGAGAGUUUUCUCUGCCUGUGACACAACGUGGUCAAUCUUUCUAGUACCAAUUCUGUGUCUCCCUGGUGAGACUACUGUAGUCUGUAAUGUGAAUGAAGCCCUUCCAGGCUGUGUCAAUGGUUUUAUUUAAUGCUGUUGUUUUAUUAAGUCCUUCUCUCGGUCAAUGAGUCUGUUUAGAAGCUGUGGUGCCUUCUUUUGGUAUGUGGGGGUUUGAUGUAGUGGGAUCGGGAGGGGGGAGGGGACUGAGUACAAGGCAGGAGUGUGAAUGUUUCAAAUGAAAUGUUAACUUAGGAAUUUUCCUUUUGUUUUAUGUUUUAUUUGUCUUUCUGUAUAAACAAAAAGAAAAAAGCUCCACUGAGGCCCCAGGUGGUAAAGUGCUUUACAUUAUAGCACCGUCUACAUGCUUGUGAGUUCAGGGCAAGACGCUGUGAUGUGUACAAUGUAAAUGUUGCUCUUAUCACAUUGCUGUCAGUCUGAUGUCAUCAGUUUGCAAGAGACAAAGCCACAUCAAUAAUUUUGUUGCAAAAUUCCUGUUGAAAAAAAAAAUUUGUACAAUCUUAUUUGGAUAGCACUGAAAAUGAUCUGUAGAUGGUAGAACCAUAAACUUUUCAUGUUGAAUUAUUGAACUUAAACUUGAGGCAUAAUGCUAGCAUAGCUCUUCUUGCAUGCGUUGGAUCUGAUUCUGAUGAAACAGACAGCCUGCAUAUAGAUUAACACUUCUACAGAUCAUCUGAGGCACUAUGCAAGUAAAAUAUUUGGCUUCUUCCAGAAGUAGCCAGUUUAAAAAUGUUUGAUUUUAGAUUUCUUUCGUGCCAGUCCAUGUUCCUCCUCUUGCUGAAGAUGGGUAACGUGAAACAGUAGCAGGUUGUGUUUCAGCACUUGGCACUGAUCAGUUUGGAGAUCCUAGCUUGUCUCAGAUUUGUUUUAAGAGCCACCUCCCAUAAAAGGAAAGCAGUUAAAGGUCUAAAUGAACUCUGUGAAAUCAGGGAAUUAUUAAGUGUGAUUCCUUAAAACAGUAAUGUCUUCUAAACAACCUCCUUUGUGACACUAAUUGAAACAAAAAAACUUUUAUAGCUCAGAAUGUAUUGAAAUGCAAUUAAUUACCAUGCAGUCUUUAUGCUUACUGGACUUUCUUUGAAUAAAAAAAGAAUAAAGAUGUGCAAGUUCAAAA